AUGUCAGCCAUCCCAGCAUCCAAUGGAGAGACCGGCUUGGAGAAAAAGAUUGAUGAGGUUAAAUUAGAAACUGGGGCGCAGAAUACUACAGCUUCAAGCUCAGUAGCAGCUUCAUUGAGCGAAAAACCAACAUCCGGCCCGUUGAAAACGCCAAUUGUCCAACCAGCAGAAGGUAUCACUGCACCACCUCCCGUCGCCCUCACCACAGAACAACAAACGAAAUACGAAUCACUCCUCGAAACGGCCAAAUCAUGGAAGGAAAUACCAUCGGCAAAGGAGAAGGGUGGACCAGUUACCGAUAGUGAGAUUAUGUGGUUGACAAGGGAAUGUCUUCUGCGAUAUCUGCGAGCUACGAAAUGGAAUACCGCAGAAGCUGCAAAGCGUUUACUUGGAACACUCACAUGGAGAAGAGAUUAUGGAACCGAGGAAUUGACUGCGGAUUACAUUUCACCGGAGAACGAGACUGGGAAACAAUUGAUAUUAGGCUAUGAUGUUGCAGGAAGACCUUGUCAAUACCUCAACCCUGGACUGCAGAACACCAAUGCUGGACCAAGACAGGUCCAACACUUGGUGUACAUGGUGGAACGAUCGAUCGAGAUGAUGGUCCCAGGACAAGAGACUUUGGCUCUUUUAAUAAAUUUCAAGACAUCCAAAUCGAGAUCAAAUACAGCUCCUGGCAUUGGGCAGGGUCGAGAGGUAUUGAAUAUUCUUCAGACGCAUUACCCAGAGAGGCUUGGAAGGGCAUUGAUUAUCAACGUACCAUGGGUGGUCUGGGGUUUCUUCAAGCUCAUCACACCUUUUAUUGAUCCUCUGACGAAAGAAAAGCUCAAGUUCAAUGAUGAUAUGAGACAGUUUGUUCCACCUCAACAACUAUGGAAGGAAUUUCAAGGAGAUCUUGAUUUCGAGUAUGAUCAUUCAACCUAUUGGCCGGCUCUCAACAAAUUAUGUGAAGAAAAAUUCGCCCAAAGGAAAGAGCUCUGGAUCAAAGGCGGCAAGAACUAUGGCGAGAGUGAAAUAUAUCUCAAAGGAGGAAAUGUUGCCAGUGUUGGCAGCUCGGCGCCUGUCGUUGUGUCAGAAGAAAAUGCGCAGGCUGUAGGAGCCACUCCAGAGAAAGUCCCAGAGACAGAUGCUAAGGCUCCUGUGGCUGCUGCUCCGGUCAGUGCUACAAGUUGA